AUGAACACGAGCACGCUCCACCCGCCCAAUCUCCGCUCCUUUGGCGACGGUGUCAUCCGUGAUGUUAUCCUGCGCGACCGACACUACCGGCGCAAGCGUCCUCCCCAGGACCAAAUCAAAACCGAGCCGGCGCUCAACAAAACGCAGAAGACACGCGCUGCUCUCUCAACUGAUGAACUGGACGAGAAGUUCGUAGCUGAGCUUGAGCUGCGACGCAAGCGCAAGCGCAUGCACCAAGCGCGGUACAAGCAGAAACAUCGCGAACUUCUGGCAGACUUGGAGAAGACCAUCGAGACGCUCAAGACGGAGGUCCAAGAGCUCGAACUGCAGUACCGCCUCGUGUCCUACAGUGUCCCGACCAACUCGACGAUCUGGGGCGUCGCGGCUGAGUACUUCCGGCUCUUCCGGCACGGCGUCAAGGCCCCCAUCACGGCCCUGCCACGCAGCAGCCAGUACCAAGUCCAGUGCGACUUUAUCCAGGCUACGAUGGCGCUGGACGUGACGGACGGCACGGUCUUCGGAGUCAAGGCAGUGAUGAAGAACCUGCUGCUCCAGUCACGCUGCUACCAGGAGAUCGACACGUACCCCAUGCGCUUGGAGAAAGGACCCGGGGAAUCGUUGGUCGCCACGACUCGGUGCGUUCUCAAGAUUACCGAUAACACUCUACGGUACGGGUUUCCUCACCUGGUCGGGGAGUUGGCGCCUCUGGCUGGCAAGUUGCUCGGCAAACGGAUUACUUUGCAAGGAUCCGUGCGCUUCUUGCGGGAUAAUGCCAAAGGCCGAGUGACGCAGCUCCACUGGAGGGUGGACAUGCUGUCGGCCCUUCUGACGCUACUAGGCAAUCUGGAGGAUGUAGAACGUGUGUUUGAUGGUGCUCGCGUCACCCCUGAAGGCAUGCACAGCGUCUACUACAAAUUGUAG